AUGUUUCCAUACCCCAAUGAUGACAAGGGCGAACAAGAUCGCAACAGGAAUGAGCCUCGGCCUGCCAACCCCAACAACGUCAUCAAUAUCCUCUACGAGCAGCAGCAGCAGACCGUGUCGUCGUCGGGGCUCCUCAACUCCAUGACCGGCUUCUCCUCGCCCACGUGGCUGUCGCAGGAUAUGUUCCGUACCGGUGCCCAUCCUCCUGUUCAAACCUUCCAUCCUACUCCACCACCCAUGGGACGGAAUGAUGACCAGCUCCGGCUACAGGAGCAGGGACGGCUUUCUCACGUCUUCUCAGGAGCCUUCAGUUCAUCGCUAGGAGCUGUCCUGCAGCAUCAGUCUCAAGCUAUGAAUCCUCCCUACCACCCCCAGCAGCUGCCCGCCAGCCUGUCGUUCCCCCACCUGCCGAUGGGUGAGCUUGAGGUGGAUGCAGGGGUGAGGCUGCAGCAGGGGGACAAGACGGGACAUGGCAGCUCUCGAUCGGCCUCCAUGCCUCCCUUGGGGGUCAAGCGCGUGCCCCUCGAGUGGCUCUCCGAGGAUGACCCGGUGUGGAGGGCGAGCCAGUUGGAUGCUCAGAUGAACUGCUCCGGGUUAGGAAAGGCUGUUCAACGAUUCUGGAACGAGGAAGUUGAGGCCGGGAGGGUGAGACAGGGGGCCGAAGAGACGUUCGAGUUGCUGGAGAAAGGAGAGCAGGAGGAGAGAUUGUUCUGGACGAGACUCAACCGGGAGGUUUACCUUAGGCACUACGGGAAGCGAGUGCGAGGAAGCGUGAUGCUUCAGUCCCUCAAGCUCGUCCUGAGCCUCGUGCAUGACAAGGACGAAGGAAAGCCCACAGACUUCUCCGACAGCAUCUGCAUGCUCUACAGGCGUCUGACCCCUUCAACCGACGCGAGGGACGGCGACAGCUCCAGCUCCCCCAUCGUCCCAAAGCGCAAGCGAGGGAGACCCUCCCUUGCGUCUCAGAACAAACUCCCAGGUUCCUGCUCGCGGCUGCCUCCAAGCCUUGUAUGCCCUCCUUGCAAGGACAGCGGAGAGGUAGUGGGCAAGAAAGCCAUCGUUGCGUGGAUCGCCGACGCCAAGAUGAGCUGGAAGUCAGCGGAUCAAGGAGGAGCGAAAGUGAAAGAGGAGGAGGAGGAGGAGGAGACGGCAAGGCCGAUGCCCGUCUGGUUCAGCAGCAUCGUCAAGAUCCAGCAGGAGAAUAACUCUAGCAAGACCGCAGACUCCCCCUUGCUGAGGAGGCUUGUCUUCCUGGGGGGGCUGCUGGGCAAAGUUGUUGUGGAUCUCGUGCUAGAGGAAGCGAGGAAGUUGAUGCUGCCGCCUGAAGCCUCUGUAGCUGAUCAGCCUCGUUUCUUUGACGCCUCCACCUGGAGUAUCUCUAUCCCCAGCCUGCUUGACAGCGCAGACGGUAGUCCAGCACAAGGCUCUUGCUGCUUUCCUGUCCUCCGGACCGUCAAGCGCAUGGUGGAUGCGGUGGCGAGAGCCAAGAAGUUCAUUAGCGAAACUUCUCAGGUCGACCACUUCGAUAUCUCUUCCUACCAUUCAACUGUCGAUGGCAUCCACCUUAUGCAUCUCAUUCAACCCUCAAGCUCCCAGCUGAUCUCCUUCGUCGCUCUCAAAGACGUUUGGAUCAUCCUGGCACCCGUUGCUGCCGGCAUGCAAGAGGCUCACGGGAGGAUGCGGCUUCUCCGUCCUGAGCUCGCUGCACGGUUCUGGGUGAAGGAGGGAGAGGUGUGGGGAUGGAGCAGCUGCGGAGUGUCUGUGCAGAAGAAGAAGCAGCGCAAGAAAGCGAAGGAUUCUUGCUGGGGGUCUGUGUGGAAGAGGUAG